AUGCAACAUGACCGAUCGACAAACACUCCUCCUACUAAAACACACGGCGGUAACAGUGGAAAUAUGUUGAAUGCCUCAUUGGGACGCAUGAGUGCAAGCCAAUCGAGACUAACUGUUGGGUCAAAGCGUGAUGUAUCAAAUACCCAGCUUCUGAUCAAUGGAGCAUCCAUCGUGGUGAGCCGUAAAAACAACCAUAAUAUCGAACCCACAAGGCAUGAGAUACCCAAUUCUCAGAAAUUCACCAGUAACGUUGAUGAACCAAAGAGUUCAAUUCAAUUGACUCUCUGGUUCCACGAGAUUCGUACGACUCCUGAAGACGUACUAGUUGAUUCAAAUGUGUUACCUGGUGGCGUUUCACCAGGCCAAAUCUAUGAGCUACAAAGCGCAGAUGCAAAAUUGCCCAAGAAGUUGGUGUUCAAGUUGACACAGCAAAAUAUUCGAGACCACCAACCAACACCCGAAUUAAAGCCGUUGGAUGCUCGACUGAAGCAACAACAGUCUCUGUCCCAAUCACAAAUCUCGCUACAAUCAAAUCCUUUCCAAAGGUUACUAGACCUAGCGCCCAGGAGCAUUGUACUGGUACGACGUGUUACCAAUUUGGAUGCCAUUGCUAUAGACUCGAUGGAGAUAUUUAUCAAGGAUGUAAACUUGUCUAGGGAUGCUAUGUGGCAAUUUUCCUCAUCCCUAGUUGGGUCGUGUUGCUACACCGAACAACGCCUUUCCUUUUUGAAUAGCAGAACUGGUAUUGUUCGUUACAUGUACAAGAACGGAAAGAAGGUGUUUUCUGGUUAUAUCAACAAUGACACGAAGAUUAUAUACAGAAGUGAAAGUGCCAAGCUUACAGUCCUCAUUCAGCUAUCAAGAGAAAUGUGGAACUUUGAAGAGAACGGGGAGAUUAUGUUUCACAAAUUGGUUAAUAAUUUGUUCCCCAAAAUAUUUCGACGCUGGAGAGAUAAGGGAACACACCACUCAAUAACCAUUGUGUUAUUCACUAGUAUGGAUCUCACUAGUGUUCCUUGGACCAAUAUUCUUCCUGGUGAGCGACCAUCGCAACGCCGAGAUUACUUCAGGGUAGUGGUCGACCAGGUGAAUAUUGUUCACUGGGAUCGGAUCAUGGCCAAUUUGAGACUCGAGUUCGCCAACUUCAAACGUGAUUGCAUGUUGAACCCUGAAAAAGACUCCAAUUACGUACUAGAGGGCCAGAUGUUGCCCUCCGUGAAAGGGAAUUUUCUAGAGGCUGUUAAUGUGGCGUUGGUGCUGUUCAGUAACCGCUUUAGCAAUACAGAUUUAAAACAUUCGCUAAACCAUUUUAUACUUAUAACACCAGGUACUGGAUUGUUUGACGUUGACUACAACUUACUUUUAGAAACAAGCAAGAAGAUGUCGUGCAUAGACACCAGUCUCGAUAUUGUUUGCUUGAGCCAACCACCUUUACAUGUGACCCCAUUAUUUCGCUUCAUCAAGGACGGGAAAAUUAGUCACUGUGUACCAAUAUGGUGUGAUAUUUCUUUCUUUAGAGAGAAACUGGACACUGCCGUUUCGCAAUGGAUGCCAAGAUGUAAGAUUUACGAAUUGCAAAUGAUGGGUGUGAUGGAGAACGAGGCUAGCGAUGCACGCAUUUCCCGUUUGUAUUUAAAGCAACAAGGUGACUCCCUAGUCAAUUCGAUGGAAAAGUAUGAUGAAUCCAUUUUCCUGCCUAUCAAAAAAAGGAACAAAUCUGAAUUGGUGUUCAAUAUCCCUGAGCCAAAGUUUAAAGCACCGUCCAUAAAAGAUUCCAAAGCAACACUUUCCUUAAUCUUUAAUGACAGAACCUCGCUUCUUCCAACAAACAGUUUAACAACUAAUUCCGCCGCAGUGGGGACUGUAGCCCAUCCUGCUGGAGAAAUCUCAGCAUUAUCCAGGUUGUACAAUAUCAACAAGUUUAGUGAGGACAAGGUGCCUGAAUCACCAACCGAGCUGUUGAAAAGUGUUUCAAGAUCAAUACAAAGUAGUCAAAUUGAAUCUUUUCGCAAAGAUUCAGAGUCUCCCAGAAUCAUCAAAGGCGAGACUCUAUUUUCCAGAAAGGAGGACAAACAACGUAAACAAUUUAAGGAACCAAAAGCGAAAGCUAGAAACAAACUUCCAUCUACCACAGACAUUGCAGAGACACCACAGCAUAAUUCCCUAUGGAUUGAAAUUGCAAACCCUUCGAGGGAAGUUACAAAUAAUGUGCUUCAAAAGUCGAACGUGAGUAGGUGGAGCAACCUUUUUCCAGAAAAAAUUCAACGUAAAUUGAUAAAAUGGAGAUCGUUUCAAGCACCAGCAGCAUUGCCAAUCACUACAGGGGUAUUCCCUACACACCAGGAACUACAGCUGAAGUACACAUUCCAAAACUAUUCAGUAUACUUAAACAGUGAAAACUACUUGGAAUUGAAGUCGACUCCGGAACUUAUGAGAGAAAUGAUACAGUUGCGGUUGAUGCUAGGGUUCCAAAUUUGCUAUGGCGAUGGUGUAAAAAAGGCUGAGGUUGAAAGAAUUCCGGCCGGUAGUGCUGAAUCCAUUAUCAAGUAUUUUCCAGAUAAUGAUUACCUUGGUUCUAGGAUAUACAUGUCGAUGGAUGACGAGAUACAUCGAAUUUAUUGCGACUAUAAUGGAAAUAUAAAUGUUCAACUUUAUCGAAAGACAGCUAAAGGUGAAGAGAAUAAGAUCACCCUUGGCCAACGAAUUGCUCAGCCCUACUUUCCUUUGAUAAGAACCAGAUACGCAGACGAUUAUUCACCAUCACAAGUGGAUGCAAUUGCUCAAUACCCGCAAAAGUACAACUGGAAUCAGUUUGAUCAGUUCUUGGCUGGAUUUGAUGAUGCCUUAUCGGACGACAAGAAGGAAUUCCACAAGAUGAAGUUUGUGGUUAUGCCUGCUGAAAUUCCCAAAAACGCAUACUAUUUGAGUAACGAACAUUUGAAUGCUGAGGAGAUAAGAGUUGAAGGAUUGAGGAAGUUGAUUGCCGUGAUUGAAAAGGGUACGUACAAGAAAGAACAAAACAAGCCUAAAACAGCUGACCGAUAUUCUGACGUCAAUUUUUACACUGGAAAUCUUUACGAUUUUUUGACGAUUGAAGCUGAAAAUUAUGAUACUACCGGAAACCAACCAACUUUGAUGAUUCCGGAAAAUAUGCGUUUCAACAAGAGUAUAAAGUUGUCAGAAUUGGCCACUGAGUUGCAAAACCCACAAUCGGGAUUGAAACUUGUAGAUAGGACAUGGCACUUCAAGAAGCAUUUGCAGUGCUUUAUUGGAAGUGAGCUUGUGACUUGGCUAGUGGACUGUUUUGAAGAUAUUGAUACACGAGAAGCUGCGGUAAGCUAUGGUCAAAACCUCUUGACUAAAGGUCUUUUCAAACACGUGGAGCUGAGACAUGGAUUUAUUGAUGGAUACUACUUCUACGAAUUUGAAGAGGAGUAUUUUGAGAAAAUAGAUAAAGUGAAUCGAGGUUCUUGGUUUAGCGGCGGGGGCAUCAAGAAGGAGGGCUCAAUUACGUCGAAAUCUACCGCGUCACCAAAGAUUCUAGGGCAAGAGGGGCAGGGGCUCGUGAAAGUCACAUCCGCUCAUAACAUUGGCUCUGAAGCAUCCUCCAUGGCGGACUCUACAGGCAGGAGAAGCAAAAAAUUUAUACUAAGCAAGGCUGUAAAGUUUGAUGUGGAUCCGUUGAAGAAAUCAUACAGGCCAGAAGUGAUCACUGUUCAUUAUGAUCGCGUUCACAAUCCUGACCAUUGCUAUCACAUCAGACUCCAAUGGCUCACUACCACCAACAAAUUUAUCGAGGAUACGAUAAUGGCGUGGUCUCGAUUGUGUGAAAGGCAUGGUUUGAAGUUGGUUGAAACUCCUUGGAAGGAAUUGUGCGUGAUACCGCGAUUGAGCCCAUUUCAUUCAUUUGUUGAAGUCAAGUUGUCGGUGAACCCACUAGUUGACGAUGAAUUUGCCGAUCCUAGCAUUAUAAACUCAAACAGGUAUUACUAUCACUUGUGUUUUUUGAAAAAGAUGAAUUUCUUACUUGAUAAUAGAGCCACUUCCUUUUUUCUGCGAGAUAAUAUAGACAUCACCUAUAGUUGGGGCAGACCGUCGUUUCAAUAUGCACAGUUUAUCCACCUGACGGGGUUCUAUAUCGUUGAAUUGAGAGACAAAGGCGAUUUCUUCUUGGCUCCCAACAACAUGCAUGUCACCAGAGUAAAUUCUACCAUGUCUCCUUCAGGAGAUUACGAAAGCAGUUCGAGGGCAACACAUUUGGACUCGCAAAAAGUGAUGUUAAAUUUCAGAGCAGCCUGUCAAAAUGUCGAGUUUUUGAGAGACUUGUUUCGCGAUGCAAAAUCAAAUUGGCAAGAGCAAUCAGUUUCACAAAUUACAUAA